AUCCCUUCUUCAGAUGAGGACCCUUUCUUCACUGAGGAGCCCGUGUCUGUGGUGCAGAAGUUGGGGGGCAGUGUGAACUUGCGCUGCAGCGCUCGCCCUUCCUCUGCCAACAUCAGCUGGCGACAUAACGGCCAGGAGUUGUUGGAUGGAGACCUCGGUGUGGUGCUGGGGCCCAGCGGCCUCUUCAUCCCCUCGCUGUCCAAUCUGACCCUGGGGAGGUACCAGUGUGUGGCCAGCACCAGUGCUGGAGCCCUGGCCAGUGUUCCUGCUAACGUCACAGCUGCCAGUGAGUAGAAACCAAAUGACAACAAACA